AUGAAUGUUUGGAUAGCCGCGAGCGAUGGUAAUUUAGAGAAGGUCGAACUGUUUCUUUCGGCCGGAUUUGGACCUGAAUCUAAGGAUCCUAAUGGAUACACACCUAUACAUGCAGCAGCAGCCUAUGGCCACAUCGAAAUGCUGCGUAAGCUGUGCUCAGCACCUUAUAAUGGGAAUAUCAACGUUCGAGACAACGAUGGCGACACUCCUUUACAUCACUGCGAGGAUCUGGCGACGGGCCGUGCUAUUUUGGAGGAGCUGGGAGGAGACUGGAAUUUGACCAACAGCGAGGGCAAAACCGCAUUGGAAGUGCUGGAAGAAGACCAAGAGUUCCCAGAACUGAUUUCCUACCUGCGUGAGAAAAGCGGUGUUGUCCAGGAGUCUACAGGUAUCGAUGACGAGCAGAUGGCUCAAUUUAAGGACAACCUACGCUACACGCUCGAGAAUGAGCCAGCAAGCAAUGACCCAGAGAGUUUAGCCCGUCGUCAAAAAAUUGAACAGAUUCUUAACGGCGGAAACGCAGAACAAGAACUGGAACAGUACAUUCGCGAGUUGAUACGGUCACAAUGGUCGGAAACCGACUCCUCCAGCGAACCGGAUUCCAAACGCAGGAGAGAUUAA